AUGUCAGUGGCAUUCUUGGCUGAGGCUACUCAAUCCACUGUAUCAGUCAAAGAUUUGCAGAAUGCAGCUACCAAGCUCGGUAUCAAGAUUCCAGACGGCCAAGAGACAGAAGCAUACUUGCUCUUACUCCAGUCAGUCGAGGCUGUAAUGAGACGCAUCCAGAGCAGUGACGAUUACAUUCAUCCUGCAUUAUCCCCUGUAGCAACGACAACUCCCCGUGUCUUUUGGGAUCCUCCAAAGGAAGAAAACCCUUUGAAUGCUUGGCAAUUUCGUUGCGCACUUAUCGCUGAAAAACCGACGAGCAACUUACUUCGCGGAAAAACCAUCGUGAUCAAAGACAAUAUCUCAGUUGGUGGGCUACCAACCACCGUGGGCACAUUUACCGAACUGCUUUGCAAAGAUGGCCUGCUUCCAUUGUCUCCCAUCGAUGCAACUGUAGUUUCGCGAAUACUUGCAGCGGGUGCAACCAUCAAAGGGACUUCUACUUGCGAGAACUAUUGUGCCUCCCCACUCUCGUUCAGCGCUGCUAGUGGUCCUGUCCAUAAUGCCUUGGCGCCUGGCUAUACUUCUGGCGGAAGUAGCAGUGGAUCCGCUGCGCUCGUUGCAGCGACUGUCAUACACCAUGAGACAGGUAAACCUCUGGGCGAAACGGUUGAUAUUGCGAUUGGUGGGGACCAAGCUGGAUCAGUGCGCAAUCCAGCGUCCUAUAGUGGUAUUUAUGGUCUGAAGCCCACAUUUGGCCUCGUUCCCUAUACCGGUGCGGUAUCACUGGCUCCCAUGAUUGAUCAUUUGGGGCCUCUUGCGGCCAGCCUCGAAGAUAUCGCCUUGUUGCUGCAAGUGAUGGCCGGAUACGAUGGAAUCGAUCCAAGGAUGACCCCCGAAUCUCCAUUACAGGACCGAGUAGAAGACUACCCCCGAAUUCUGGCGGAGUUUCGAAAUCGCAACCUGAAAGACGGGGAUAGAAUCGGUUCUGGGAUGAAGAUUGGCUUAUUGACCGAGUCCUUCAAGGUCCCGGGGCUAUCCCAAGAAGUUCGUGAGAGAGUUCUUGGAUCUGCCCGGUCAUUCUUUGCCGCCGCAGGAGCCGAGGUGAAAGACGUAUCCGUUCCUCUGCACGGAGAAGGCAGCCUCAUCUGGACUGCCGCUACGAGGAUGCACAUGUCUGAAUGGGCCUGCCAGGGUAAGACGUCGGGACAUUUGUCUUUCCUACCACCCCACAUCCAAGCCCGAUGGCCACCCGACCAGCGAAUGUACGAGCUACUCACCACGACCAACCCGGCGGCGAUGAAUGUCAUGCUAUCUGGACCAUUUCUUCAGGAACACUUUGGCCCUAGCGUGGAAGCCAAGGCGCACCGAAAAGUAUUUGAGCUACGAGCAGCCUAUGAUCACGCAUUGACACAAGUUGACAUCCUCGUCACGCCAUGCGCUCCCACCGUUGCAAUGCCUCAUCCCAAGAUGAAGGCCGAUCGCGAUGGGCCGGGAUCGACCAUCUUGGAGAAGCUCUCGACCGCCGUAGGGGUGACUACGAACACAGCACCGUUUAAUGUCACUGGACAUCCUGCAAUGAGUGUGCCCUGUGGGUUUAGCCGUGCAGAGAGUCCUACAAAUCAACCCGAGGUCCAAUUGCCAAUUGGGUUGCAAAUUGUUGGCCGACGCUGGGAGGAUGCGACGUUGUUGAAAGCUGCUGCCGUUUUUGAAGAAGGCCGAUCGAUUGUGUCAAAUCAGUCGAGUUGA